UCACUGCAACUUGACAAGAGAGAAAGAAGCAAACUUUCAGAUCCAUUCCAUCAAUUUAGGGCUUCAGUUCCAUUUCUUAAAAGCAAUGGACUCUUAUGUGAUCCAGAUGAAUGGCAAUCGUGAUCCUUCCUCUGUCCUGGGUGUCCACGGAAACAUCAAUGGAAGAAAUACAGUCUUAGGAAAAAUGAAAGGCAGGAAGGCUAGAUGGGCAGUGAGAGCCUCUGAUAUGUCCAAAAAAACUUUCAAUCCCAUCAGAGCCAUCGUAGAUAGCAUGAAAGUGCAGCCGAAUGCUAAUAAAACCAUGAUCUCUUUAUCAAUAGGAGAUCCGACUGUUUUUGGCAACCUCCCUACUGAUUCUGAAGUUACUCAGGCCAUGAAGGAUGCUUUAGAUUCGGGAAAGUAUAAUGGUUAUGCUCCAUCAAUUGGCUAUCUGUCUAGUCGGGAGGAAAUCGCUUCCUAUUACCACUGUUCAGAGGCCCCCCUGGAGGCUAAGGAUGUCAUUCUGACAAGUGGCUGUAGCCAAGCCAUUGAGCUUGCCCUGUCUGUGUUGGUCAACCCAGGACAGAACAUCCUGAUACCCAGACCCGGCUUCUCUCUCUAUAAGACUCUGGCUGAAUCCAUGGGGAUUGAGGUCAAAUUUUAUAACUUAUUGCCAGAAAAGUCUUGGGAAAUUGAUUUGAAGCAUUUGGAAUCAUUGAUUGAUGAGAAGACAGCGUGUCUUAUUGUCAACAACCCAUCAAACCCCUGUGGUUCAGUGUUCAGCAAAAGCCAUCUCCAGGAAAUCCUAUCUGUGGCUGCAAGACAACGUGUUCCCAUAUUGGCUGAUGAGAUCUAUGGAGAUAUGGUGUUUUCGGACUGUAAAUAUGAACCCUUGGCCUCUCUCAGCACCAACGUUCCCAUUUUAUCCUGUGGGGGGCUGGCUAAGCGUUGGUUGGUUCCAGGCUGGAGACUGGGCUGGAUUCUGAUCCAUGACAGAAGAGACAUCUUUGGUAAUGAGAUCCGAGAUGGGCUGGUGAAGCUGACUCAGAAGAUCCUGGGACCCUGUACCAUUGUCCAGGGAGCACUGAAAAGCAUCAUGAGAACGCCUCAAGAAUUCUACCACAAUACCCUAAGCUUUCUCAAGUCAAAUGCUGACCUGUGUUAUGGGGCCUUGGCUGCUAUUCCUGGACUCCAGCCUGUCCUACCUGCUGGGGCCAUGUACCUCAUGGUUGGUAUUGAGAUGGAACAUUUCCCAGAAUUUGAAAAUGAUGUUGAAUUCAGCGAGAGGUUAAUUGAAGAGCAAUCUGUCUUCUGUCUUCCAGGAAAGUGCUUUGAAUACCCCAAUUUUUUCCGAGUGGUCAUCACAGUCCCUAAAGUGAUGAUGCUGGAGGCCUGCAGUCGCAUCCAAGAGUUCUGUGAGAAGCACUAUCAAAGUGUUGAAGGAGCCCAGGAAGAGUGUGACAAAUAGGCCAUCUUCCUCCCCCCCCACACACACAGGGCAUACCUUCUGGGGCUAGGCUAGGCAGUGCCCUUCUGUUACUCACUGAGGUGAAUGCCUACUACUCGGAGCACGGCCACAAAGCACCCCACUUCCACCUCAACUCUUUAGAACUGCUGGUGCUUUCUAGUCCCAACUGAACACACUCUGCCUCCAUAGAUUCUCCUAAAGUUGUAGUAACAUGAUUAACUCCCCUAGUUUUUAGUCUCUCCCCACCAUUAGAUUCCCUUCUCUUUUUCUCGGUGUAACACAUCAGUAAAGAUCUAACCUGGUUAAUAUAAUCUCUGGCUUAAAAACAAAGCACCAUACAAAAAGUGAGAAAAAGAAGAGCAAAGAAAUCAGUCAAUCAGGAGUCAGUAAAUAAGCACUUAUUAAGCAACUACUAUGUACCAGGCGUUAUGCUAACCUUUGGGGAUACAAAAAGAGGCAAAAGAAAAUUCUUGCUCUCAAGGAACUUCCAAUCUAAAGAGAAAGAAGGAUGGAAACAGAAGGUUGAAAGAACCCCUGAUACUUUCUCAUACUGUGGACCCUAUAUACCCAAAUCAGUUCUAGAGCUGAAUUCAGUCACCACGUCACUGACUCUAGGUAUACCUCACAUCAUUAAACAGAUGUUACUGGGGGAAAAAAUUGGAUUUGGAUCAAAUUUUUGGCAAUUGUAUUUUCAAUGUAUUUGUGGAGUUAACUUUUUAAAGGAACCAGGAGAGGAAUCAUUUUUAUAACAUAAAGAUUCCUUUUGUAAUGCAAAUAAUUACUAUAAUUUAUCUGUUUUGCAUUGAUAUUUUUGUAUAUUGAAUUUUCUUGAAGUGGAGGGUAAACUUUUAUGCCAGAAAGGACCUUUUGGAUAUUAUACCACUCUGGUGAAAGGAGCAGGAAUUCCCUGACCUGUCAUGGAAUCCUUUUUGGUGUAACUCUGAUGUUGAUUUAUUAUAUUAUAUAUUAUAUUAUCUUUUAAUAUGUUAGUUAAAGAGCAUUUAUACUGACCAAACCCUUUGUUUUGCAAAGGGCAUAAAUUAUUUUUUUAAAAUAAAUUUUACAAAGUCUA